AUGAAAGAAGGAACCGGGCCGUUACAGUACGGAUCCGACAGGGUCAAGUACUUGGGUCCAUUCUCCGGAGAGCCCACGAGCUACCUCACCGGAGAGUUCCCCGUUGACUACGGAUGGGACACCGCUGGUCUAUCCACUGACCCCGAGACAUUCGCCAGGAACCGUGAGCUAGAAGUUAUCCACUGCAGAUGGGCCAUGCUUGGAGCCCUAGGCUGUGUUUUCCCUGAACUCUUGGCUCGUAACGGAGUGAAGUUCGGAGAAGCGGUUUGGUUCAAAGCCGGUUCACAGAUCUUCAGCGAAGGAGGGCUCAACUACUUGGGCAACCUGAGCUUGGUCCACGCUCAAAGCAUCUUAGCCAUUUGGGCUACUCAGGUGAUUCUCAUGGGGGCUGUUGAAGGUUUCAGAAUCGCUGGAGACGGACCAUUGGGAGAAGGAGAGGACUUGUUAUACCCAGGUGGUAGCUUCGACCCAUUGGGCCUCGCUGCUGACCCAGAGGCCUUCGCAGAGUUAAAGGUGAAGGAGAUCAAGAACGGAAGGUUGGCUAUGUUCUCUAUGUUUGGAUUCUUUGUACAGGCCAUUGUCACUAGAAAGGGACCGUUGGAGAAUCUCGCUGACCAUUUGGCUGAUCCAGUCAACAACAAUGCAUGGGCCUUAGCUAGGGCUGUCCAAUAUGGAUGGACAGGAAACCAGGGAGGACAAGCUGAGGAUUUUGUCACAAAAAUUAGUAAUUGCCGGCAUGAGAUAUCUUCAUGGCGGAAAGAUAAUCCAUCUUAUGGGAAGGACAAAAUUAAAGAUCUUCAACAGGUGUUAGAAGAAGUACAAACGGAUAAUAAUAGAUCACAAGAAGAUAUUCUUGAGGUUUCUAGGAAACUUUAG